UGUCAGGCUCGUUACUCGAUAUUUCUCGCGACCGCAGCCGCCCCUCCACUUCCGUUCUCGAGGGGUGAAUCGACAGCAUCGCCCGAAGACGAGAGAGUAGUGGGAAGAGGGGAGAGGGAGAAGUGGUGAGAGAGAGAGAGAGAGAGAGAGAGAGAGAGAGAGAGAGAGGCUCCUCCUCCUCCUUUAUUUCGCGAUUUUCGAGAAACCCUAUUUCAUCAGCGAUCACCGGGGUCUCCUCGUCGGACCCAUUCCUGUUCCAUGGGGUCCGUUAUGUCCUCGGGGGGGUCGCCUUCCAAAGGCAAUGCCGCUCUAAGCCCCGUGGUGCUCAACGUCUACGAUCUCACCCCCUUGAACAACUACGUGCGGUGGCUCGGCAUCGGCAUCUUUCACUCCGGCAUCGAAGUCCAUGAACUGGAGUAUGGGUUUGGAGCACAUGAUUUCCCUACGAGCGGUGUGUUUGAGGUGGAACCAAAGACUUGCCCGGGUUUUCUAUAUAGAUGUUCCAUUUUGUUGGGUCAUACAAGUAUGCCUCCAUCUGAGUUUCAGGCAUUUAUAGAAAGCAUUGCCACAGAGUAUCAUGGAGACACCUAUCACCUCAUUUCAAAAAAUUGCAAUCACUUCACAGAUGAUGUCAGCAAGAGACUGACAGGAAGACCAAUUCCACUGUGGGUUAACAGGCUUGCAGGACUAGGUGCAAUUUGUAAUUGUCUACUACCUGAAAGCCUUCGUUUGCCAGCUGUCAAACAGAUAGCCGAAUACCAGGGUUUAUCAGAGGAUGGAUCGGAGUUCUUGUCAGUGAUCACCGCGACCACACAUGAUCCUCUAGAGAGUGAUGAUGCAGAUCAAGAGAAAUAUCUUUUUUUGCGAUCUGGUGUUGGAGGGGGAUUACUGCUUCGCAAGAGAGAAGUACCGCUGCUCCUCGUCGGUAAUCAUCAAGCUGAUGCAAAAGAAAUCAUGAUCUUUUUGUUUACAGAUAGUAAAGGAGGUCUGCUGCCACAUAAAAAAUUACUACUGCUUCCUGGUGAAGAGAAAAGAGAUGUAAAAGAGUGGGAUGUUUCCCGGAGAUCCAUUGAGAGCUCUCUCCUGCAGUCAUCCACAAAUUUUCAAGCUAACAUCAAAGACUGGAAGAAUGAUCGAUUGGAAUACUAGAUUGAGACUGAGCUUAUUGUAAAAGUUGACAAGGUAUGGAAUUGUUUUCAGUUCACAUAAAUGCAACGAAAGAUAUAGCAACUAUCAAA